AUGCUGCCGGAGUACCUUUGGCACAAACCCUCCCUCUACCUGCUGCUGCCACCCGGCUCCCCCCACCCCAUGAAUCCCCUUCCCUUCUCACCCAUGUCACCCAUGCCACCCAUGUCAAUCACCCCCGGGCAGCACUGGAAGAACGCGAGGAGCUAUGGCAGUGGGUGGGCGCUGCUGUGCUGCGCCAUGGCCAGCAAGAGGCUCCUCUCGCUCGUCCUCUCCUUCUCUGCCGACCAACCCAUCGACCUGGUAUACAACGAGCUGCACCCGCAGUGGAUCAACAGCGUCGAAUCCUUCCUUCGCCAACACCGCCUCAGGUCCCUCGCCCUCACCUUCACGGGCAAGGAGCAGCUCACAUACCUCGACUCGCCACGCAAGGAGCAGUUCAGAUACCGCGACUCGCCACUUCGCCGGCCCUUUACCUCCCUCACCUCCCUCAGUCUCAAGCUGCGCGGCACUGUCGCCGACAAAUCCGACAACUAUGACUACCGUUAUAAAAAAUAUGCGGAAAUUGAGUGGGAAGAGGAGCGGGAGAAGGAAUCCUGGACCAUCACCUUGGACUGCCCGGCUCUGCAGCGGCUGAAGCUAGGCCGAGGCAAGUGGGGACUCGAGGAAGGCUGGGCUGAGCGGUUCAAGUCGCUGCGCAGCUUGACCCUCAAGCACAUGGAUUGGAGCUACGUGGAUCUUGAUUAUCUCGCCACGCUCACGCCGCAACUCACGGAGUUCGUUCUUUAUCACAGCUGGGAUUUUAACCGCCCGUCAUCAGGCCCCGUUGGCGACGAAACAUUCACUUUCGACUUAUCAAAAGCCCAAACUGUCCGCUUUUACUUUCCGCACAGCACCAUCACGCUCUCCCUCACACUCUCUUCUUCGCUCACAACCUUCACGGCGAUGGGGAAACAACUCGUGCUCUCGUGCAAGAGCACAGAACCCCUCACUCUCCAGCACCUCUUGCUGUACGGCCAGCAGCGGCUUGUCAUCUCCUCCCUCCGCCUCGCUUCCGUACGAGUUGCCUACCUCAACGGCCCUCCCAAAGACGUGCACCCACGCGAUGACAAAUUCUCUUCCUACCUGGACUUUCCUGAAUUGUCCCUUCAGUUUUUACCUGAACUUUCGCCUGACAGGGAGAGCGUGCACAGCUCUGCUGCAUUCUCCUGGGCUGAAUGGCUGCGCACCAUAGCGCCAACAGUGGAGGUGCUUAUAGUGAGGCAUGGGGUGCCUGUAGAGGGGGUUGAUGCGGAGUGGAGCAGCCUGCGCAGCCUUGGGAUUGUCGUGGAGAGAGAGGAGCUGUUUGAGGUGGAUUUGAAGGUUGAGAAGCGUCGGGAUGACGCCGCCACCCUCAGUGAUCCCAUAGACAUGCUGCCGGAGUACCUCUGGCAGAAAGUAUUUCGCUACCUGCAGCUGCCACCCGGCUCCUCUUACCCUGAGACUUCCCUUGUCCGGGGCAGGCGAAAGUUUCCAUGGGCAGUUUCCAUGGACAAGAACCUGCCCGUGAGAUUUGCGGACCCUGAUUUCACAGCAGCCGGGCAGCACUGGAAGAACGCGAGGAGCUAUGGCAGUGGAUGGGCGCUGCUGUGCUGUGCCAUGGCCAGCAAGAGGCUCCUCGCCCUCGUCCUCUCCUUCUCUGCCCACCACCCCAUCGACCUGGUUUACAACGAGAUGCACCCGCAGUGGAUCAAGAGCGUCGAAUUCUUCCUGCGCCAGCGCCACCGCCUCAAGUCCCUGGCCCUCACCUUCACGGAUCUGGAGCAGCUCGAAAACCUUUGCUCACCGCUCAGCCAGCCCUUCACCUCCCUCAGUCUCAAAUUCCGCGGCCGUGUCGACAAAUCCGAGUCGUUUGACGACCAUUUUAAGGAUUAUGAGGACGAAGAGGAUGAGGAUUCCUGGGCCCACUUCUUUGACUGCCCGGCUCUGCAGCGGCUGAAGCUCAGCCGGGGCAAGUGGUAUCUCCAGGGAGGCUGGGCUGAGCAGUACAAGUCGCUGCGCAGUUUGACUCUCAAACACGUGGAUUGGAGCCACGUGGAUAUGAAGAAUCUAGGCUCGGUCACACCACGGCUCACGGAGUUCGUUCUCUAUCACGGCUGGAGUUUGGACGACCCAUCCUCCGGCCCCGGUGGCGGCGGCACAUUCUGUUUCGACUUAUCAAAGGCUCAAACCGUCCGCUUUUACUUCCCGCAUUGCAGCCUCACGCUCUCCCUCACACUCUCUAGCUCGCUCACGACCUUCUCAGCCAUGGCAAAACAGCUUGUGCUCUCCUGCAAAAGCACCGAACUUCUCGCUCUCCACCACCUCUUGCUGUACGGCCAGCAGCGGCUUGUCAUCUCCUCCCUCUGCCUCGCUUCCGUACGAGUUGCCUAUAUCAACGGCCCUCCCAAAGACCACCGCUCCCGCAGUGACGAAUAUUUUUCCCACCUGGACUUUCCUGAAUUGUCCCCUCAAGCUUCACCCGAACUUUCUCUUGGCAGGCAGAGUGUGCACCGCCGCAGCUCUGCUAAGUUCUCCUGGGUUGAGUGGCUGCGCACUAUAGCGCCAACAGUGGAGGUGCUUAUAGUGAGGCAUGGGGUGCCUGUAGAGGGGGUUGACGCGGAGUGGAGCAGCCUGCGCAGCCUUGGGAUUGUCGUGGAGAGAGAGGAGCGGUUUGAGGUGGAUUUGAAGGUUGAGAAGCGUCGGGAUGACGGUGAGAGGGAGGUUACAGUGGAGGAAAUUCAGCAAAGAAUGGAGUUGCCAGAGACUCCGAUGGUGCACGUGAGGAAGGCGAGAAGCGGGGUGCCAUGCGCUUGCUUUGCGGAGAAGCGGCCGAAGAACGUGAGGGAGAAGAUGCACAGUGUGAAUAGGGAGCUGGUGGAUGGGUACAGUGUUGAUAAGGAUGAGGCUUACAUGUUGAAGUACAAAGGGAGGCUGUGCCGUGGGAGCGGCGGCGGCAGUGGGAGCAGCGGUGGCAGCAGGGCGUUUUAUGCGCCGGUGGUGACGCCGUUUGAGGCACUGAUGGCGCUGGAAGAGGGGCGGGAGUGGACGGGGGAGUAUCGGAUGCUGCCGGAUGGUGCUGGGGCAUUCGUCGCCGGCCACUGUCCAUCUAUUCAUCUGGCUCUCUGCUUCCUCUCCUUCCGCCCUUUGCCUGCUUGCGCGCGGCCCUGUCCCCUCCCCACUGACGCCAUGGGCGGUCCCGCGGACGGGCUAGGGCUCGGCGCGGAGGUCAACGGGGGCGCGGAGUCCGUCGCGGAUCUCCUCGCGCUCCCCCCCGACGCCGUUCCGCGGAGCGAACUUUUCUUCCGCCUUGCGCGCGCGCAUUUCCGUGCAGCCGUCUCCGCCUCCGCGGGUGGCCCCGCCAACCCCGCGGACCCCGCAAGCUCCCCUGUGGGUGGCGCAAAUGACGCCGGGGGAGGCGGGGAUAGUAACGACAAUAGUAGCGACGAGGCGCUCGCUUUAGACGUCGUCCGAAACGCGGUUCAGCCUUCCGAGCGGCCCGACCACGUUCCGUCUCUUAUUCUCGCGUCCGUGAUUUGCGCGCGGCGUGACACGUGGAGCGAGGAGGGCGUGCGCUACGGCGAACGCGCCGUCGAGCUCGCUGCCAGCAGCGGCCCGCAGCGCGCUAAGGCGCUCCACGCGCGUCAGAAGAAGAUUCCACGUCAGCAGCUAUAA